AUGAAAAUUGACUCUGAAAACAGUACAAAAUAGUUCAGUGAUAGUCUCAAUGUCUAAAGGAAUCAAAGUUUGAAAUAGCAAUAAAUAUUUGACUAUGGGGCAAACAAAUAGGCCUCAAAUAGUGUUAAAGUAGAUAAGAUAGAAGUAUUGGAUCUUUCAUAUAACAAGUAAUUGAAUUCAAAAUCUAAACAGGGUACCUAAAUAAGUCCAGAUAAGCAGCCUUAACCUCAUUCAGGAGAUAAUAAAUUAAUCACAGAGAGAAAUCUUAAUAUCCCAUAAAUAUAAGAAAAUACAACUUAGAAUGAGAUGAUCUAAAAUUAAUAACAGUAAAAAUAGGAUGAACAAUCGCUAUCCAAUGAUAAUGAUUAACCACUAUUAGUUCAAAAAAACUAGAGAAAAUUGCAGUCAUAGCAUGAGAGUCUAGAACGAGCUGAAUUCGAGUAAAUAAGGGAUUAAGUCAAAGAUGAAGAGUAUAGAAGAAAUUAAACUGAAAAAACAAAAGAUUAAAUCAUGAAUGAAAUAUAUAUCAGGCCACAAGAUGUAGAGAAAAACAAUAGAUAAAUUGUUGAGAGUUAAACUGAAGAAAUAAUGAUAGUAGAUAAAGGAGGAGAACUUGAUCCUAUUACACCCUUAAUCUCAUAAUAGAAUGGCUAUCACGAAAAUCUAUUAAAAGCAUCAUUACAAUCGAACGGGUAGAUUAUAGAUACCGAUUAGAUUUUGAAAAAUCAAGGAGCACAUCAUUUGUACAUUGAACAAGAUCGAAUAUUGCGUGAAUAAUAGCAGCUAUAUCAGCAAUAACUACUAAUUAAAACCAAAGAUGGGAACAAUAAGGGUGGAUUCAAUGCUUAAAAUUAGUAAUUCAACCUCAACUACGAGCAAAUGGGUGAGUAUUACAAACAAAGGAAAUAGCAAAAGUCUAUCAACAAAAGAGAGUAAAAAAUCGAUGAUGCGAUGGAGUAAAUUUUAGCGAAGGCAUUUUUGGAUAAUUUAGCCACAUAGAAUUAACCAACUAAAAAUUAAUAUCCUAAUGGCAAUCAAAAACCCUCUUUCUUUUCAGAAUCAAUUGUAAAAGGAAACAUUAAGGAAGGAAUGAGUAAAAAGAAUGGAGAUUAAAAUGUACUCAUAGAUCUUAACAAGUUUAAUUUGGUUACAGAAUCAGAAUUAAGUAUGUCUCACCAAAAUAGUUUCGUUGGAAAUCAGGUGAUAUUGUCGCAUGAUAGAUUUUUGUAAGAUCCAAAUAGCUGGGGUUUGAUGUUUCAAGAUACAAAUGCCUUUAAUAAUGAUCAGAUCCAUUCGCCGUUCCAGGAAUUUAGUCGUUAACAACAUUUAGCUGAGCAUCAUCAUGAACCAAUCGAUGAAAAACAAUAUGAGUUAGAUUUACAAAAAGCUAUUGUUAUGUCUUAAAAAGAAAAUAAAGGCAAGUCAUCUAAUCAAAGGAACUUAAUCAUCGACAGUAGCUUGCAAAAGGCUUAGGAUUAAAAUCUGAAGGAGUUCAUUGACGAGCAAAAUAUUAAAGUAAGCUAAUAUCGAGAAUAAUUGCCAUUACCAAAAUAGCUAGUGGGUGUUAAGACACAGCAGAGUUAGAAUAAUCAAUAGCACAAUCAUAACCAUCUGCAAGAUUCACAUGCAUAGUAUUAUGCAGGGUCUCUUAAUGUAUCACCAGUAAAAAACGUAGAGCCGAAUAAUACAGGAAGACGAGAUCAAUUAAAGUUAGGAGAGAUAUAGAUUUAAUUACUAGACACAGAGUAGAAAGGUAGUAGUAGAUAGGCUUAAUCAACACCUUAAUCAACUUAAAGUUUAAGUCAACUAUAAAACUCUUUACAAAACAAGGCCAUCACUUUGAAAGUUGCUUAACACUUAAGAGAGGAGGACAGUCCAAGAAUGAAUGAUGUUGAUGACAAUUAAACAGAUCCUAAUAUAGCACAGCUGGAUGCAUCUAACCUCAAUAAAAUUGAUGAGAAAAAAUUAUCGAUAUCAGAAGACACUAACCCCAGCAGUAAUAAUUAGGAUGAGAAAGGAAAAGAUCAAUUUGAUUUAAAUAGAAACAUAAUUGACAACGAAUAAUAAUCAAACUAAAAGGGCAAAGGCAUUCUUAAAAAUAAAGCUAAACAAAAGAAAAACAACGGAUGUUGCCAUAUUUAUUGA